GCAGGCGAGCAUUCUACCACUGAACCAUCGAUGCUUAUACAAAUCCUCUCUUGUCUUAAAAUAUAAAUGUAUAAUAAAGUUGAAAAGAAAAAAAAAGAAAAUUUGCAAUAUGACAAACAGAUAUCCACGAAAAACUCAUAAACCUGAGCACUCAGCUGUGCGAGCAUCAAAUCAAAACGUUAAAUAAAUAAAUUUGAAAAAUAAUAUAAAUUCAGAUAUCGAAGAGAGUCACUGCCACGUGCCACGACAGAGAUUGAAUAGUUUUAUAUUCGAAAAGCUGUAUGUCUUAAAGUUAUUGGUAGACAACGAUUCUAGGAAUACGUCACGACGGUUGAAAUUGCUAAGAAAUUUAAAACUCUCCGUCUGCGAAAGAUCCCAGGCAAUAUUGCAAUGUAAUAUGAAUAAUAAACUAGAAAAACAAAAAUGAGAGAUUCACACAACCAUGAAGAAAUCUGCUACGUACUACAUUUAUAGAUUUUACUAAUACGUACAUUUAUAGAUUUUAGAUAUAGCGCAUACAUUCCCAUCUUAUGUCAUAGAAAAGGAUCGGAUGUGACCGGAUAUUCCCUGAUGUACAACAUUAGUAAGAGCAACAGCAGGCGCCGCAAUAAAGCCCAUUAACGAAAAUCAACUAUAAAAACACUUAGAGAAGGGAAGACAACAAGAUACAUACACACUUACAAAGAGAAAAACAAAAUAUAGCCUGCUGCUGCUGCUUGUGUUGCCGCCUUCAGCCGUCUGUGUGCUUAGUUUGCUUUUAGCGCAACUUUUUUCAUACAGUAUAUACGCUACUAUACUCUAUACAUCUAAGCGGCGCGCGCCGAUGCAAAGCCCUCGCCGCUCUUUAACAACGACCUUGGUUUAUAAGACAUUCUGAUAGAGAGAAAGAAGAGUUUGCGCUGCCCGGCCAUCCCCGUGUUCAGUUGGUCCUUUUACGCACCCAGUGACAGAGUUAUCUUCCAUAAUCCUCGCUCAGCUUCGUCCACAAGGGGAUAGAACCGCCGGUGAUAUUUUUGUUGGUCAUGCCGAGCUUCAGCGACAGCAGCAGCGAACAGGCGAGCAUACUCGAUUUCGCCGAUGUGGACCUCUGCAGCAAAGCCAACGUCACCAAAGUGAGCAACGGCCAGGAGGACAAGCAAGUUCGACUGCGGCUCAGUUUGGACGAAAUUUGCCACCGAACUAAUUUCACCCGCAAAGAAGUUCGAGCUUUUUAUCGAACUUUGAAACAGGAAUGUCCGCUCGGAGUGGUGACCGAAGAAACCUUGCGGGACGCCUAUCAUCGCCUUUUCCCCAACGGAAACGUAGGAAUGUACGUGAAAUAUGUUUUCCGCACCUUGGAUACCCAGGGCAACGGCAAAAUUACUUUCACGGUAAGAUCUAUAGACGUUCGAUCAAUGACUAAUGCGGCUCCUUUCAUUUUUUUUAAAUAUUGGAAUUUCGUGCUGCAGCAAUUACUCGUGUUCCUGUCGACCAUCAGCAAAGGAACUCAUCUUGAUCGUUUGAAAUGGAUAUUCCGCUUGUACGACCUCGACGGGGACGGGGCGAUUCAGCAUUCCGAACUAUUAAAUUUGUGCUGUGCAAUCCACGAGUUGGCGGGAACAACGGAAAAAAGAAUCUUUCACGAAACUAAGAAAUCCGGGAAGGAAGAAAUGUUCAGCGAAAGUGAAAAAGACAGAAAAUUCCGCCAGAUCAAACUCUGGGUCGAUAAAGUCUUUAGGCGGUGGGAUUCUAAUCAAGACGGACAGGUGACACUUGAGGAAUUCCUAGCAAGUUAUUCAAAUGACGAUCUCCUUGAAACUUCGCUUCAUUAUUUUGAUGACUUAUAGAAUAAUUUAACUAAUCUUAAAAGGAAUCUCAGCAUUGUCUUGUGUAACAUACUUGAAUGAAGAUCUGAAACUAGGACCGAAUGAAAUUGAAAACCAUAAAACGACUCCUAUAUGUAGGCCCUAAUUCAAAAUUGAAUUGAAUAGACCUCGAAAACAGAGUGAUGAGAAGCAUUAGCUCUCAAACAUAGCCAAUAACAAUAUUACACUAUAUAUAAGAAAAAAUUAUUUGUUUGACUUAUAGCCUAAUGUUUCAAUGGGAAUGUUUAAUAAUUGUAUACGGAUCAA